CAAAGUGACAGUUUGGCGCUCUCUGCGAAUUCGGUGAAGACAAUCUCCCUACACAACAUUGAACCAUGGACGAAUCUGAUGUUCCAAAAUGCACCAAACGCACUGGAAGAUUCUUUACCUUGUACUGGAGGGUGAUGGUGCUAAUCGCCACCCCGAGCUUGGCAUCGCUCAUCUUCCUUGUGGACACUGGCCCUGCCUACCGGUGCAUGUUUGUUGUAAUGACUAUGGCCAUCUAUUGGAUAACGGAAGCACUCCCACUGCCCAUUACUUCCAUGAUCCCGGUGGUUCUCUUUCCUUUGCUGGGAAUUCUGGACACCGAUCGAACUUGUAUGAUGUAUAUGAGAGAAACGUUGCUUAUGUUCAUGGGAGGAAUAUUUUUGGCGCUGGCAAUUGAACAUUGCAAUCUACAUAAACGCAUUGCUUUGAAGGUAAUCUGCUCAAUAGGGUGCAGCCAACGGAAGUUGAACUUUGGGCUUCUUGCUGUGACGAUGUUCGUAUCGAUGUGGAUUUCUAAUACUGCUACGGUGGCUAUGAUGUGUCCAAUUAUGAAAGCUGUCCUGGAAGAACUAGAAGCGCAAGGACUAUGUCAAAUGUAUCUCAAACCCAAACAAAAUGAGAUGGAAAAGCAGAGCAACGAGACUCCAAUUCCAAGCAGAAUAACGAUCUGUUACUACACCGGAGCAGCAUACGCAGCUAGCAUCGGAGGAUUAGGUACACUACUUGGAACGGGAACGAAUCUAACUUACAAGGGCAUAUACGAGAAUCGUUUUCCCGAGGGAGAACCGAUAGACUUUUUCCGAUUUACAAUCUACAACACUCCGGGCAUGCUGUUGGGAACGUUCCUCGUGUGGGUCUAUCUGCAGGUGGUCUAUAUGGGAAUGUUUCGACCGAAGAGUAAAGCUGCUCAAGAAUCAACGAUUAGUAAGGAAGGAGAGACCAUUGCACAUGGCGUGAUUACAAAUCGGUACGGUGAACUAGGACCAAUCAGAUCCCACGAGAUAAGUGUAGCCAUACUGUUUGUCAUAUCAAUUGCACUAUUUUUCACUCGAAAACCUGGCUUUACUACUGGAUGGGCUGACUUGCUUCCGGAGAAGAAAAUUCAAGAUGCAACGCCAGCUAUUCUGACGCUUGUCUUACUUUUCAUAUUUCCUGCAAAUUGGCAGUGGUUGAAUUUCUUGAAGAUCCAUCCAAAUUCCCUGCCAACCGAACGAACGCCCAGCUUGAUAACAUGGAAAUAUAUCAACGACAAGACACCGUGGAGCCUAAUUUUCCUUCUUGGUGGUGGAUUUGCGCUCGCAGAAGGUGGAAAGGCUUCUGGAAUGUCUGAAAUGAUUGGCCAGUCGCUGUCCGUACUGAAGAAUCUGCCAUUGCUGCUAUUGCUGUUUAUUGUUUGCUUUGCGGUUCAAAUCGUAACCGAAUUUGCGUCCAAUGUUGCUAUUUGUAAUAUCGUACUUCCGGUGAUGGCUGAAAUGUCCCUAGCAAUCGAGCUCCAUCCGAUGUAUCUGAUGCUUCCGGUGGCAAUAUCGUGCAGUUACGCAUUCAUGAUGCCUGUUGGAACUCCGCCUUUGGCCCUUGUCGCUGGUUUAGGGCAUAUUCAAACCAAGGAUCUGAUAAAAGCUGGCAUCGGUGUCAAGAUCAUCAUGUUGCUCAUUAUUUGGGGACUAUUCCCUAUCCUCGGGCCGUUAGUAUAUCCUGAGAUAAAAGAAUUCCCACAUUGGGCUAAGCCAUUGCAAACUAGUACUGAGAUGCCGGAUCAGAAUAGUACCAUUUUCCAGAUGGAUUAACCGAUUGUUGAAUCGUAAGUGUGAUAAUAGAUGUAAUUUGCUCUGAUUGUUGAUUGCUUCCUUAUCGUCGGUUGAAUAGAAUAUUAAUUUUCAAAGAGA